AUGGUGUUCUCAAACACGGCGUUCACCACAUUGGUGCUGAGCUCUCUCAUAUCGACAUCCCUCUCAUACGACACCCCAUCCCAAGGCAAAGUCAACUUCAACAACAGGAUCAACUGCGACGGUCGAUUCGACAGCACAGAACUCAUCGAGGUAGACAAAUGCAUACCCGUCAAGCACGAUAAAUAUCAAGUCCUCCAAGUCGUCAGUCCCUGGCCCACCUGCGCCGACGGCAGCGAUGCUCGCUUCGCAACAUUCGGCUACCGAAACCGAGAAUGCGAUGCAAAAGGCGACAUGAACCCUUUAGAAGACAAGAACGAUUAUCUUAACACUUGCACCUACAUGGCGUUAGCUGGAAGUUUCGCAUUCUGGUGUGAUGGCGCGGUUUACGAUAAGCGCCCUGGAUGGAAUGGAAAGGAUCACUCGGCUCCGGGUGGUGUGUUACAGUGGAACGAGAAGAAAUGCAACAGGAAUACAACUCCUAAACCUAAAUAUUACGAAGCCGAUGUUUGCAUCGAUGUCAAGGAAAAUAUGGGUUUACAAUUAACCGGCACCGCGCUGUGCAAGAACGGGUCAGACGCUUUGGUAGCUGGAUUUGCAGGCAAAGGCUGUGAUCCCACUUCGAAACCACUCGCUGAGCCAUUUACGAGAUGGGAUGACCGGAUGAAAGGGUUUUGUCUCCCGACGGAUGGAAUCAAUAGUAUGACCUUUUGGUGUGAUGGGUUUGACGAUAUCGAUAUGCAGAAGCCGAAGCGAGCGAAGAAGUCUUCGAAUUUGGGACUGAUAAUCGGACUGAGUGCUGGGAUUGGUGGAUUCUUGCUCAUUGCUAUGGGCUUGGUUGUGGCGUACAGUAUUAAUUACCAUUUUAGGGAAUGGGUCAAGAAACUUUUCGGACAGGAUGAUGGGUAUAUUGCAUUGUAG